AUGGAUGGUAGCGGAAGUCAGAAGGAAUCACGCGAGCGUUUGUACUCUCGCGCACCUUCACGAGCUAGUAGUGCCAGCACCGCGAACACCCAGAUGACGUCCAAAAGUGCAAACAGCACCUCUUCAUAUCCACGGGAAACUUCCCAUACAGGUUCGCAUCCGAUACAUAAAUAUCACCAUAGCAGAAGCUCAAUAGGUACUCGACCUACGUCACGAUUAUCCAGGGAAUCUAGUAAUGAGCUACGGGAACCGACAGCGUCUGCGUCUACUUUUCUGCAAGAACGGCUACAGCGGGAGAGGAAUGAAAGACAUGCAAGCAAACUAAGCACCGACUUGAGCGCUUCUACCGGCGAUAUCCGGGAUAGAGAGGUGCAGAACUCACCUAUUAAAAGGAGUGCCACCUCUGUGGGACGACGGCAGUGGUCGGAUAAUAGCGAUGAACUGACCAAAGAUGCAGGGAUGGGGGCAAGACAAAUGGAACAGGUAAGGAAAUUUCACAAUAACGUGCGCUUUUGUAGCAAGUUAAACUCGGCAGCUGACUCAAACGGGAAGACUCUAUCAACACUACAUAAACAGAACUUCGAUCUCAAGCUGGAGCUAUACCAUCGACGAGAGAAGCAGACAGCGUUAGAAGAGAGAGUUGAGAAACUUGAGUCUCAGCAUAGAGAGAUGAUAGAUCUUCAUGAAGACAUCAUACACGAGCUGGACAUGAAGGAUGACGCCCUCGCCGAGGCCGUCACACUAAUAGUGGAACUAGAAACUCGGAUCGACGAGUUGGUUCGAGAAAGGGAAAUGGUUAGGCGAGUCGAGGCCGACGGCUCGUACCGCCAUUCUUCGCCGGAUCAACCUAAUAUUGAAUCUACCACGACCGUUACCGCCCCCGUAGCUACUAUCCCCAAGGCAGUAAACCUCAGCGUGCCGCGUUUGACCGCACAUGUGAAUAGCCUCGGGCGAGUACCUAGUUUCCUCUCCGAGCACAGCCAACAAACUGAGAAUCUGCGCAACGCGGUCUUAAGAGGACGAACUAGUGCAAUGCAUAUGCGCAAAAUUUCCGAGUCAAGUGCUGAUCCUAGCGAGAUUAAUCGUAUCGCUAGUCCUAAUCUUAGUGUACUCAGCGAGAGUUCCUUUGUUAGCAUAUACGGUGCUAAGGAUACAGGCGACAGGGUAGGUUUACAGCCACCGGCGGAUGUGGUAGGAAUGGAUGGCAGCUAUUGUGACCGUUCCCCGACGCCAACGAUGAAGAUGAAUAAUGAGGGUCGAAUCAGUCAAAAGAAUGCAAUUUCAAGUCAGAUGCCCACGGGUUCCCCUGGUACACCAGGCGGAGGCGUUAGAUUAUCAAACCGUACGCGACCUACAAACAAUGUUAUCAGCCUGACUUCACCCUUACAGGAGAUUGAACGACUUGACAAGCAAAUGACAGCCGGCAACGAUAUUUCUAGGCAAUCUAUGUCCAACCGUAGUCGAGGUACUGCAACUCCGACUCUUGCGAAGCCCUCUAUGAAUCCACCCCAGCAGAGCAAGACCAAACAAGAGAAGAGAGAGGCUUUAGAAAAGGUCUUAACCAACUAUCCCACAUAUAGGGACUUCUCGAAUCCCCAAGCCUUUCCUCCCACCCCAGAUACCGUCUCGUCAUCAACCCUUCGAAACCAGCAGAAUUUUACCGGCUCUCAAGAUAGUCUUAUAAAGCAAACAAGAGGUGUCCCUGGUAAUGGUAUCAUGUCUGUUUACGAUAGAAUUGGGGCUUUUGGUAGAGAACUUCCUUACCUGCCGUCUUCGAAUCAGCAUGGACCGACCACAGUACUAGCCAGUCAUAGGCAAAUGCCAAUGCCGAGUAUUAACACUAAUACGUUCUCUGACCUUACCCAGCUUGCACGAUCCCUUCCACCACGACCCCACUCGUCGGCUGAAACAACGAGUUCUCGUGCCGGGGCUACUAGUUUAGGAUCGGAUUCAGACUCGGACGGUGGCGCAGAUGCCCAUUCCGAAACUGAUAACUUUGAUUACUGGAUGAGAGAGAGCAUGAAGCCGAACAUAUAUCAAGCAGGUCCAUCAGAACAGCGCGGAAGUCGUCGUUCUGCAUCUCCUGAUCUCUUCUCUUUCCCUGCCGACGCGAGAGGCUGGGAAACGGAUGUUAUCUUUGGAGCUCUAAAAGGCAAUGGCUAUCUUGGUUCACCAGUGUCGGCGUUGAAACGUGACCCUAUCGAUGAAAUGGCCAGCUCAUUGCAAACAUCGCAAACAGAAAUAUUUGAGCCCUCAAUGAUGGGAUCCGCACCUCCUACUCCUGAUCGACGAUCGAGUUUGCAUGCUCGCACUGGUAGCACUAACGCAAUACCUUUAUCUGGCGGGACGUUUAAGAAGCAUCCUGCUAUGGGUCCGACUACGGCGUGGAUAGACGGAAGAGGUAGGAGUGGUAGUAUAGACUCGGCCGCACCCGCGUUUUCCAACAGAGCACAGCCCCAACAACAAGGAGCAAUGACACCGGGAAAGCGAAACCAUUACCCUCCAAUUUCUGGACAGACGUCUAAGGGGCGGGGAUUAGGUCUUAACUCGUUCUUUAGAAAAUCCGGCUCUGAUAACUUCAGCGCCCCGCCUACCGCAAUUGAGGCGACUUUCCCUGUUCCAACUCCGGCUCAGUUGUCGGCAAUACCACCAUCGAUGAGGUCUGUAAAGUCUUCAGGAAGAAACAGCGUCCCGCCGCCACUGACUAUGCCCUGGCGCGCUCCGGGCAUUGUUGAAGACGAUCUUCAAAGUGCGACACCUCCCCCAAUCAUGCGUAGCCGUGGUAUGUCGCUUCUUUCAGGAACUAGCAAUACACCGCAACAACAACAAGCCGAGAUAUCACGUCCAAACACGCCAACGACGGUGGUUCAAGCGAAUGUAACUGCUACCGGAGCACAGGGCGGCGGCAAGAGGAAAUGGUUGGGUCUUGGGAGAAUAGGAAACUCAAAGACGAAGAUGGGCUGA